CCUUGGCAUGGAACGUUGGCAGAAUCGUAUAGCUGUGGUGACUGGUGCCAGCUCGGGCAUUGGAGCUGUCCUUAGCAGGCAGCUAGUUGCUGCGGGCAUCGUCGUGGUGGCACUGGCUCGGCGUCUGGAACGGCUGGAGCAGCUGCUCGAACAGCUGCCCGACGCUGAGCGCUCUCGGCUGCAUAUCCGGCAGUGCGACGUGACGAGCUUGGAGUCAGUUGAGGCCGCCUUCAAUUGGAUCGAGGCCGAGCUGGGCGGUGCGGACAUCCUGGUCAAUAACGCCGGCAAGCUAGCCGGUGGCCAGCUGGUGACCAUGCCACUGGACACCGUUCAGCAGGUGCUGCAAACCAACGUCAUGGGCGUCGUCUACUGCACGCAGCGCACAUUUCAAUCGCUGCGAAAACGCAAGGCGCCUGGCCAUGUGGUGCUCAUCAACAGCAUUGUGGGGCACUAUCUGUUCAAUCCGCUGCCCGGCAGCCUGCAGGAGCUAAACAUGUAUCCGGCCACAAAGCACGCCCUGACCGCCAUGACCGAGCUGUUCCGCCAGGAGUUUCGCGACCUCAAGACACACAUAAAGGUCACGAGCAUUAGCCCAGGACUCGUGGAUACGGAUAUGGUGCCACAGGCCUACAAGCGACUGCCCAUGCUGCAGCCCGAGGAUGUGGCCAAUGCCAUCAUGUAUGCCCUGGCCACGCCGCCACAUGUCCAGGUGCACGAGCUGACCAUCAAGCCAAUGGGUGAACCGUUUUAAUGCAAUUGAAAUUGCCAAAUGAAUAACAUUUUUAUGAGCUUAUAAAAUAUAUUUGAAGAAUU